AUGGUUUGGCUGGGCUUCAAAAAAAUGUAUGUACAAAUUGUACUUAUUUUGAUUAUACCAUUAAUUUUUCUAUACAAUAUAAAUUUUUCCGAUUCAAUUAAAAAAACUCUGAAUAAAGAAAAAUAUUUGGUGAAUUGUCAUUUUGAAGAGCCUCAUAUUGAUUCAUUGAUUGAACUAAAUUCUAAUGAAGUCGCUAAGAACAGUAUUUUUUUUGUCGAGACAUCAUGUAAUCACAAAAAUGGCAUCAAAUUGAAUCUUAGACAAGGAUGUGCUAUAGAAUCUGCAGCUCGACUUAAUCCUAGUUCUAAAAUUUUUGUUUUAUAUCUGUCUCCUAGUUCUGUUGAAAAUAAGUCUGAAGUUCUCAUUAAAUUACAGAAAUAUAAAAAUAUCAAUCUAAGGUAUGUUAAUUUAAGAUCAUAUUCAGCAAAUACACCAGCACAAAAUUUUGUUACUUCAAAUACAAUAUAUACAAGUAAUUGGCCUGUGUCUCACACUAGCGAUUUACUAAGGUUUCUCACUUUAUGGAAAUUUGGAGGUACCUACUUAGAUCUCGAUGUCGUUCUCUUAAAGUCACUUGGCAACUUUUCUAAUUUUGUGAGUAAAGAAUCAGAUGACUCGAUUGCUUCACUUGUGUUAAAUUUUGGUACUGAUGAUCUUGGUAAAUCUGUAGCAAAUACAGCAAUUAAUGAUUAUGUUAACAACUAUCGAGGUUAUAACUGGGGCUACAAUGGACCUGGAGUUAUAACUAGGACUCUUCAAAAAAUGUGUAAUACUAAUUCUAUAGUGGAAAUGAAUAAAGACAAAUGCCAGGGCUUUACUAUAUUUGAUUCAGAUGCUUUUUGUCCUGUACGUUGGGAAGAUUGGUAUAACUACUUUAAUGCAAGUAUGAGUGAUGAAAUUAUGAAUAGUAUAAAAAAUAGCAUAGGUAUUCAUGUCUGGAACCAGCAUAGUAAAAAUACAAACAUUUUCAUUGGAUCAAAACAACCGUAUGGUUUAGUGGCUCAGAGUUAUUGUCCUGAAGUUUUUUCCUUAGCUAGGCAUAUAUUUUAA